CAAUUUAAGUCUCAACCGCUAAGUGGCAGCACCGCUUCGGCACUAACACGGAAACGUUUCUGUCCCGAAUCCUUUCCCGGGACAGGUUGCUCGAUGUUUGUAGUUCCCCAAGUGUUGACCUGUCAGCGUUGUAGUACAACCUGUCACUGCUCUGCCGCCCAAUUGCGAGUCUGCCUUUGCUCUGUGCACUCUUCCGCGGCUAGCACAGCGAGCACCAGGGCGUCGCACCAGGGCGUAGCACCACGCCGCCGGGGGGAGAGGGGGAAUUUUUGCAAGUUGUCUCCGGCCCACUCGCUCCAACUUAGCCAACAAGCCGAACAAGUUGACAGCUAGCAUCGAGCUGAUAGUCGACGGUAGUUAGCGAGCUAGCAUCAAUCCAGUUAGCCGGCUAGAGAGCUAGCUAUCUAGCUUUGCGGAGGGAGGGGGCACCGAGAAACCAACAAGUAGCAGACCGGACAAAAGUGAACAAACAAUGCAAAGCACCAGUGCGCCACUUCAGUCCAGGAAGAGGAAACGAGACGUCUCCAAUGUGGACAAGGAGGUGGGAGAAAGGAUCGGCAAAAUCCCCAGAUGCACCGUGGGGUUGAAGGAGCCGGCGCCUUUCGCCGACGAGCUGGUGCCAGCGAAUACGCAGCCUUACCAGAGGGUCUGCAUGGAAGAGGCCAAACGGGGAACGCCGCCGGAAAGGCCGGUGAGGGUGUAUGCCGAUGGAAUCUUUGACGUUUUCCACUCAGGACAUGCCAGGGCUCUAAUGCAGGCCAAAUGCCUCUUCCCAAACACACACCUCUGGGGGAGGUUCUGCAGUGACGACCUGACGCACAAGUUCAAGGGCUUCACGGUCAUGAAUGAAGACGAGCGCUACGACGCCAUCCGACAUUGCCGCUACGUGGACGAAGUGGUGCGCAACGCCCCUUGGACGUUGACGCCAGAGUUCCUCGCCAAACACCGCAUUGACUUUGUGGCCCAUGACGACAUCCCGUACUCCUCGGCUGGCAGUGAUGACGUGUAUAAGCACAUCAAGGAAGCAGGCAUGUUUGCGCCCACCCAGCGGACAGAAGGCAUCUCCACCUCUGACAUCAUCACGCGCAUCGUCCGCGACUACGACGUGUACGUCAGGCGCAACCUGCAGAGGGGCUACACGGCCAAGGAGCUCAACGUCAGCUUCAUCAACGAGAAGAAGUACCACCUGCAGGAGCGCGUGGACAAGGUGAAGAGGAAGGUACGAGACGUGGAGGAGAAGAGCAAAGAGUUUGUCCUCAAGGUGGAGGAGAAGAGCAUCGACCUCAUCCAGAAGUGGGAGGAGAAGUCCCGGGAGUUCAUUGGCAACUUCCUGCAGAUGUUCGGGCCGGAAGGAGCUCUGAAGCACAUGCUGAAGGAGGGCAAAGGUCGCAUGUUGCAGGCCAUCAGCCCUCGCCAAAGCCCCAGCAGUAGUCCCACUCGCGAGGAGCGCUCACCCUCGCCCACCUUCCGCCUGCCCUUCUUCAACAAGACCUCCCUGCCGCCCUCACCGUCGCCUCACCACAGCGGGGCGCGCGGCUACCUCAUCAGUGAGGACGACGAUGACGACAGCGAAGACGACAACUAGAACCGCCUCACCUGGCCAAUCUGAGUUUGUUUUACUUAUUGAGUAUCCCUCCUCAGCACCCGGCGCUGUUAUUUUGGUUGUUGGAAUUGAGCACUUGUCACCUGUUUAUAGAUUUGUAUUUUCUGAUUUUUGUGCACUACUUCAUCACACGCUGUUUGUCAGUUGGCCUGGUGAAUGGGUCUGCAAAGAGUUGGGAAAUUUUCUGUAAAUUUCCAUUCUGAUGUUAACCUCAACCUCUUAAAAUAAUGGUCUUUUUUUUUCAGAAAACAAACAAAAAAAUAACCUAUUUCUAAUUAGAUUACAUUAGUAAAUAAUUUCAUUCCAGGUGUAGAAUUGAAAAAUCUGUUUAAGGAUUUUUUGUAGACAAUUUUAGCAGAGAUGGGUAGAUGUUAGGGCAAUUUAUUAUUUUUUUGUCAAAAUAUGACUGGCCAUUAUUUUAAGGCGCCGACAACAAUGAGACAUCCAUGCAAAAAUAUGUCUCUCCGUAGAUGGCACAUGUAAAUCGGAGGAAAUCUUGUUUUACUCAGAUUUUUCCCCAACUGUAUUUAAAUUCUCUAUUAAGAGCCAACCUUCAAUUUUGUCAAUUCCAAGUUUAUUCUCAUUAGUGACUAUGGAAAAGUGAGGAAUUUGCAACCCUAAUCAUGAGAAAUGUUGACUCCAUUGACUUUUGGGGUUAUUCACGUCCAUGUAAGGAGCCACAGUCCAAUUUUAAUGGUGAUUUUUACAGCUUUUUCAUGCAGUUUUACAACUUACUCUUUCUUUGUCCUACCUUUGAGCAAAAGAAAACAGACACGUUUCAUCUUCUUCAAAAUUUUGAGCAUGUCCUGUCUUGUAUACUAAAACCAAGUGUCAUGGCACUCUGCGGAGGGGUGGGACUCCUGUCUACACUAACUGGUCCUUAUUUAAGGCACACCCGCUUGUCUAAUGUGAUCCAAUACAAGAGCUGCACCAAAAAAAAAAAAAAAAAACAAAGACCAUCAUUACCUUUUGUAAAGGGUUAGUCAUCUCAUUCGAUUGCGCAUGUGGACCUGGUGGUGUGGCUUCCCCAAAGCAAGUGUCCCCAGUGUUAUAAAUUGGGAUCGCGUUCAUUGUUGGAAUAAUCACGUCGCUCAUGUCGGCAUGUCUGACGGAAAAUGUUCUGUCUCUGUGGGAUGGCUAAUGUCAACCAACAACUCCAGUGGCCACUUGUAAGUCAGCCACGUGUACAUGUUAUUAAGUGUAUAUUUUAAUCGUUUUGGAUUUUACUGUUUGGCUAGGAAAGAGUAAAAUGGGAUAAAACUAUUAAACGUGUUGGCCAAAGCA